GUGGCUCGGGCCUGGGCGGAGAGUUGCAGAAGGGAGAUGCAAUGUGUGUCCAGGGCAGGGAGGUUGUGUUUGUUUGUUCUGUUGGUUACCGUCGCCAUAGGGAUGCUGAGGCGCCAGGUGCUGUGCGUGACUGGCGUUCCUCGGCCCUGUGCUGCAGCUGUCAUUUAUGUUGUGAUGGUCGGUGGUGCGGCAGCGCGGUGAGAUGCGGCUAAUGCGGUCAGUGGUCGGCGGGUGUGUGUGUGUGGUGGCCAGUGUGGUGCUCCUCUCCACCCUCACCUCCACCCCGCCCACUGGCCCCGCCAUCCAUUCCAUUGUUGCCCACAAUCUUAAGGAGGAGCUGGAAGGACGCAUGACAUGUGACGAGGAGGACCUUGAGAGGCUCGGCUUUGUGGAGGGGGCAGCACUCUACCCACACCAUGCCUGGGAAAACUUGUCCACCCCUGUGCUGGCCUCAGCGGUGUGGAGUGGACAGGUGUGGCAGGUGGAGGGCUUGGUGGGCCUGGCACAGCUGCUACUGCCCAACCUGACCCUGGUGGUGUAUGGCCUUGACCUGCCUCCAGCUGAGAUGCAGCAGCUGGAAGAGGCAUGCAACACCACCUGCAUGGUGCUGUCCUUUGACUUCUCUCUCUACCCAUCGCACCUCAGGGACCGCCACCUCAGGGCCUACCGCCCCAUCAUUAUACAGGAGCUGUUGGUGCGAGCCGGAGCAGUGUUUUGGCUGGAUGCUGGUGUACGGCUGGCUGCUGGGGGUGCCGGGAGUGAAGACGGAGGGACAGAGGCAGAGGUUGAGAAGCUGAUGGAAGUAUGGAGCAGCCAGGCGCUGAAGAGUGGUGGGGUUUUCACGUGGCCCCUCACAGACCCGGCCUUCCUGCCCUCAGCCGCCCUCACACACCCCAACAUGUUUGCAUUUUUCCACACCAAGAAGCACCACUAUGAUUUCCAGCAGAUGGGUGAUGCCGGCACCUUGCUGCUCUACAACACUGAGGGUGUGCACCGCUACCUCAUGAGGCCUUGGGUGUCCUGCGCACUGACGCACAACUGUAUCAGCCCCAUUGGUGCUCAGGACACUGGUUGCAGAUAUGACAAGAAGCCACUGUUCCGUUACUCUGGCUGCCACCACUAUGAUGCCUCGGCCUUUAAUGUAGCGCUCGGAGUCAUGUUCUCGUAUGACACUCGGCUCUACCUUGCCUCAGCCUCCCCUUUCAUCCGGGUCUCGGCAAAGCCCCAGCCCGACACAGAUGUCUCCCUGACUGGGCGUGGGGGCGAGGAGGAGGCCACCAAUACUUCAACCCACAGAGAUGCGUUUAGUAAAAAGUCCCUCACAGGCGGUCGCAAGGCUGAACGAACCCUUGGUGGUGGCCUUGAGGUGAUACAAAGACAGCUGCGCAACACUAGUGCAAGUAGGACAAACAGCAGAAGACUUAGAGAGAAGGAGAGAGAUAAAACAAGAGACAGAGGUCGUGAUAAACAUGUUUCCCUUGGUGUGUUGCCUGUCACCACAGACUCCCUUCAGAGGAGUCGUUCUGACGACGAUGACAGUGGCAACACUUAUUGACCACAGCCCCCUAAUAUUAAGGACCCUUGCAUCCUCCUCCUCCUCCUUCCCUUUGUUGUUUUCCUCUAAGAAGGCAUUGACUCUACAUAUUUUGAUGCUGUUGCUGAUGCAUGAACAUCGAAUUAAUUUAUGAAGCAUUUUUUAGAAUGAGACCCCCUCUCCUCCUCUCUCUCCCUCUGUCCAUCUCUCAUAGGCCUGUGAAAGAAGAUAAACAAACAGAUGCAUGUGAUGCAAUGGGUGCAAGAGGAAUGUCCCUCAUAGAGCAGAAAGAGAGCCUCAGGAUAUUCAAGACAGAGAGAGUGAUGAUGGGAAAAUUAGCAUUAUAAGGACAAUGUAUGUGACCUGGAACAAGUGGAGACUUCUUUCUUUCUGCUCUGUGAAGCAGUGCAGAGAAAAAGCUGUUACAGUAUCAUACAGAAAGAGAAGGAGAAGGGUUUGGCAUAAGAGAGCUUUGUAGCUAAUUGGAAGCUCUCACUUCUUAGCCAUUUCAUUUUAAGAAACUCAAGAAAAAGGGAAGUACAAUUACAUGAAAAAGGAGAAAAAGGGAGGAAAGAUGAAAGGAUAAACAUGUAGGCUUGAAUUGUAUGUGAAGACACUUCCUUCAUGAACAACCCCUUUCAGGAAUGCCCGGGAAGGCACACAGCAGUAGAUACUUGGAGAGUUGAAGGCUGAAAUGACUGAAGAAUGCAAUGGCAGAUGUAUGAAGGCAAAGCUGGUGAGGAUUUUUAGCAAGAGCCACACCCUUGAAAACAAGUUUCAGAAUUAAUUACUAAUGAUCAAAGGGAUUAUUGUGAGGAAGGAAGUAGGAGCGAGGGUACUGGAGAGGGGCCAAGGCAGUUAUGUAAUACAAUAUAAAUCUAUGCUGACAAUUUGUGUGUGUGUGUGUGUGUGUGUGUGUGUGUGUGUGUGUUUAUUUACAUAGUUGUGAUAUUCAGGAAAUGAUCUGCGCUCGUGAGUUCUUGUCUCGAGUUUCAGUCAGUCAAAUUAAGCUUUAAACUCAUUUAAAUUUUGAGAUUGGGCAGUCUCUUUGUCCAGGUCCUAACACAGUUCAGUGCAUCCAUAUGGAAAACUCUAUUUCUGGAUAUCUUUCUAACAUCAUGGUUGAGUGUUUGUGUGGAGGGGGAUUAAUGAGGCAGGUUUGUAUGGCUGUGUGUUCUGGUAUUCAUUGGUGUACACAUUCAUCUAUCAAAGGAGUGAGUCUAGUGAAGGUAGAAGAGAGGAAGGGUGCUGGAUGGAGGUGCUUUUCUUUUAUCAAUUACAAAAAAGACAUUAGCUUGAAGGGUUACUGAUUCCUCUCUCGCCAUAUUCAGGAUUUGCCAAUGAUAGUAUUAUAUGGGAUACAUUUUUUUUUUUUUUCCAAAGUCUUCUUCAUUCACAGCACGAAAGAAUAUUUCUGAUGUGGAUGUUAGAUUCACGAGUCACAAUGUACUUCUAGCAUUCAGAUUCAAUUUCUUCAUCAUCAUCAUCAUCUCAUUGACGCCUCCUCCUAGGAGCUCCCACCAGGGGAUGGCCAUGGCAGAAGAGUUUCCAGCUUUCUUUAUUCAUACACUCCCUCCUUGCCUGCUCAAAAUUUCUCAAGAAUCCCUAAUGUAGUCCUGUACCCUAUCCCUCCAUUUCACUGGAGGUUGUCCUCUAACAUUCCCUCCCUCUAUCUCACUCACAUACACCCUCCUGGUCAUCUUACUCUCCUCCAUUCGCUUCAUGUGACCAAACCACUUUAAAGUCUGUUGCUUCACUUCUACCACUCCACACUUCUUCCCUUCACCCCUGUGACACAUUCCAAAACACUUAUACACACUUUCAUUACUCAUUCCAUCCAUUCUACUCACACCACAUGCACUCCUCAAAUAAUGCAUUUCCACUGCCUUCACUCUAGACCUCUGACUUUCAUUCCAGGCCCAUGCUUCACUUACAUAUGUGAGGGUUGGUACUAUUAUUGUAUUUCUCAAAUCACUCUUUACCUCCAUGCUCACACUUCUGCCAUUCAUGAUAUGUCCCAAAGACCCUACCACCCUUCUUCCUUACGAUGCCCUUUCUCUUGUCUCUCCCUCCGUACCAUCAUGCUUACACAUAACUGAUUUUGGUACUUAAACUCAUUAAUCUCCUCCAUUUCUUUACCAUUCAAAAUUAUUUUGCAUUCUCUUUUACAUUCAAUUCCCACUCUUUAUGGGCAUACAAAAUCCACGACCUCACUUCUACUCCGCUCACAAACCAUCACUUUACUUUUGUUGACAUUUACUUUCAGCUUUCUCCUUUUACAGACACUAUCAAAAACACUGACCAAAUUUUGUAAGUCACUUUCGUUUUCUGCAAUGAGCACUGUGCCAUCAGCAAAUAAGAUUGAAUUCAGCACCCACUUCCUUUCCUCAGCGUACAUUUUUACUCCAACUUCCCCAACUUUGCCCUUCAUUUCUCUCAUAACACCAUCCAUAUAAAUAUUGAACAACCAUGGUGACAUGACACACCCUUGUCUUAAGCCCACUUUUAUCUCAAAAUGUUCACUUGUUUCUCCACUAAUUUUGACACAUGCAGAUGCAUCCUCAUAGAAAGACUUUAUUGCAUUAAGCAGUUUUCCUCCCACACCAUAUAUCUUUAAAACAUCCCACAAUGCAAUCCAAUUAACUCUGUCAUAAGCUUUUUUUAAAUCCAUGAAGGCAGUGUAUAGCUUCUUUCCUUUUGCUAAUAUUUUUCUGCUACCAUCCUGAAGGCAAAUAUCUGAUCCACACAUCCCCUUCCCUUCCUGAAGCCUCUUUGUUUUUCACUGAUUUUCUCUUCUGUAAGUCUUUGCACCCUCUCUAUUAUGACUUUUCCAUAUACCUUUCUGGGUAUACUCAGGAGACUUAUACCUCUAUAACUCUUACACUCCCCUCUCCUGCCCUUCCCCUUUUAAACUGGGACAAUGAUGACUUUUGUCCAGUCUGCUGGCACCCCCCCCCUCCCCCCCCCAUGCCACUUCACAUAUCUUGACCAUCCAUUUAGUAACUACAUCUCCUCCACAUUUCAACAUUUCUGCUGUGAUUCCAUCAAUUCCUGCUGCCUUUCCAUUUUUUAAUCUUUUUAUUACUUGAUUUACUUUUUCAUAUGUUAUACUUUCUUCUUUAUAUACUCCUCCUCUACCUCCACCCAAAACUGAUGCUGUUACAGCUGCUGGACGUCCAUCCUCAAAAUUCAUUAAAUUUUUGAAAUAUUCUCUCCAUCUCUCUUUCACAGCUUCCCUGUCUUUCAACAUCUUUCCAUUCUCUUCCAUAACUUCAUUUAUUUUACUUUGGGAGAUAUUUUCUGCAUUUCUUUUGUUUUUUACUUCUUUCCAAUAUGAUUUUCUGUUCCCUUUAUAUUUUUCACUUAGUCUUUUCCAAAGUCUUCAUCAACUUCAUCAACUUCUUCUACAAGUAUUUGCCACUGAUGGCAUACUAGAUCAUAUUCAAGGUUUUUAAGCCUGUUGAUUCUUUCCUUCCUGAUAUACGAAUCUAAGGCAUGCUUUUAGAAAGGAAAUUAAGAAGUGCUGAAAGAAAUAUUAGUGUGAAGGAGAUCUUAGUAUUAAGAAUUACUAACAAGGAAAAGAAAACCCCAAGUGGAUAAAAGAACUAAUAGAAGAUAUGAUAAAGACUGUUGAAGCCAAGAAAUGAGACUUGUAUGUAGAGUAGAAGACUGCAGGUGGACAAAGUGACAGACUGAGCGAUAACUGAUAUACAAAGGCCCAAGGGAAGGCUCUGCAUCAGUUGUGAGUGAUGAAAUUCAGAAGUAUAUUCCACAUUUACAUGGAGACUGAAAGCUAGAGGCACAAGCUGGAAAAAGGAGUGAUGCAGAUUGAUGAUGAUGAUGGUUGAUUACAUUUUAUUUGUCUUUUCAGUUGUCUGGGGAGAUGAUUUAUUUCAAAGUAACCCACAAAGAAAUCAGACAGCCACAAAUGCUUAUUGGAUUCCAAGUUAAUUAUUUUGGAUUCUGUUGUUACUACCAUUCUUAGGACUUGAAGAACACAAAUCAGUACCAAGCUCCAAAGCUCUCUCAGGAAGGGAACUGCUUGGCAAUCAUGAGUUCAGCAUGUGAUAUGACCAUGGUGAAUCAAUUAAACACACACACACACACACACACACACACAUGCAGGGGGAUAGCAGUUAUUACUUUAGUCCUGCAUAUAGACUUUAUUCCUUAGAAACCAAAGACAAGUAUAGUCCAGGCUUGUACAUAUGUGUGUGUGUGUGUGUGUGUGUGUGCAUUCAUAACAAAAUUAGGGUAUGUGUGUUGUUUAAAUGUUUCUUUCAGAACACUUUUCAUUUUCUGGUGGUUAGUUAUAAUUAAUGUUUCAUAUAUAUAUAUAUAUAUAUAUAUAUAUAUAUAUAUAUAUAUAUAUAUAUAUAUAUAUAUAUAUAUAUAUAUAUAUAUAUAUAUAUAUAUAUAUAUAUAUAUUUCUGUACACAUUGGUGAUGACCAAUCUGCAUUUAUUCACCUUUUAUUUUUCUUCAGUCCAUUAAGGCACACUAGGGGUGACCAUGAGAGUUGUGGCAUAUGCCAUCUUGUCAGAGCCCAUUGUCUCCUAUUUUCUGCUCCCAGCGUGAGUCACCACAGUGAAUCAUUGUUAACAGGCCUGGUAGAAGACAUUUCUGGGUUUUGAUCUGGGGCAUUUGUUCUGAUCAGGUCAUGGUCAAAUUUACAAUUUACUUACUUCUUUUAAUUACUUUGGGUGACUUAGAGAUCUUGAGAAUUUUUCAGGAGCUGUAGGCUGUCAUGAAGUACUUAGACCAAAACAAGUAAAUGCAAAUGUCAAAUUAGCAUUUAUCUUCAUGUUGAAUAGGAUGUGUAUAUGUUAAUUUUGAUUUUGUGUUAAGAAAAUAUUGUAUUUUAUGGUGUGUGUGCAUGCAUGUGUGUGUGUGUGUGUGUGUGUGUGUGUGUGUGUGUGUGUGUGUGUGCAUGCAUGUGUGGGUGAGUGUGUGUAUGAGAGAAUGAUUAUUGUCACAUAUUCUCCUAUGGAGGAAUAUUUCUCAAUUUCACUGUGACUUUUCUUGUAAUUUCCUCUUUCAUGAGUCUGUGGCCAGCUCUUGCUUGUUUAGAGCAAGAAAUGAAGUUUUUUGUAUUAUAAUUUUCAUCUUUAUGAUUAUUAAUAGCAUUAUAGAAUUAUUAUCAUUACUAUUUUCAUUAUUUUUUUGAUUUAAUUAAUUUAAUAAUUAUAAUGAAAUAGCCAUUAUUACUGAUUGUCAACAUUCAUAUUGCCAGUACUACAAAUGAUGAUCUUUUCAUCUAGUCAUUUGAUUUAAGGAGGUGGGAAGAACAGUCCUAAGUUUUCUUCAUUAAUAAAAGCAACUUUUUUUUUUCCUCUUGUCAAUUAUGCAACAUUAUUGCAAUCAUAUUUUCUUCUUUCAUUCUUCCCUUCUAUUUUUCCUUUGUUCCUUUCUCAUCAUUCACAACAACUUGCCAGUUUUGUAUAAGUGCCAGAGCCAUACAAUUUCACCACUAAUAGUAAUUGAUGUCAGAUGAAAUCUGUCAUUGUGUAUUUUUUCAGCCACCAAAAGGCCUUUCAUAAGCCCUACUGGAACCUUAUUUCCUCUGAUUGAAUUAGGAAUUAUAUUGAGCAAGUCUUCUUCCUGAGUUUUCUUGAGAGAACAUUUCAAACUCAUUCUCGGGUCAAUGCGCUGCAGUCCAUCCUUAGGGCUUAUAGAGAACUUUUCUGGGUUGAAAUAAGAAUGAUUAUAGUCAUAUAUAUACCUAAGCACUUUUAAGUUUUCUUAUUGUGUAUGUACAUAAAUCCUGUAUGUAUGUUUAUGUAUGUAUCUUAGUUCAAUAGGUUUGUGUAUAUAAUUAUGCACACUUAUCCACGUAUGUGUAAGAGUUUUAAUUGAGUGGUUGUGUAUGGUUGUCAGACAUAUAUAUGCAAUUGUUAUAUUUAUGUGGACAAAUAAUGAAAUGAAGGCUUGAUUUGUA